GACUACGGCUGCGAAGAGCAUAAAUCGUUACUCGGGGUACAUAAAGAAAUCGGAGUAAAGGAUAAGUUGUUCUGACGAACGAAUCGGUCGCUUGAUCGAAUCGAGAUGGGCGCUCUUAGUCUCGCUCUUCCCGUCACGUAUUUUCUCUAUCUAGUGCCAUUGCUGUACGCACAUGAUCUUGGAAGGGUAGCCGAGCAAUUGAACAAUCUCAUUGACAUCAUUGACAUACCGAAAGAAAUUCACGGCGAUAACGGGGAAAUCGAAUUUGAGUUUCUCGACCCGCCAGCAGUAUCGAAGCCUGUAGUCACCGUAAGAGACCCAUCGAAACUGAACGUAGGUUUUCAAGCUAAAGUCGAAUCGCGCGGGAAUAAUCUUCCGUUAAGCCCCGUUCGUGGAGGCAUCUCCGCGAACGUUCAGCUCGCGAAUCAAGCGAAAUGGUCGCAGGGCGCGCUAUCGAGCGAGAAUGAGGCUUCUAAGGAAUUCUCGUCGGAUGAGGAGUGGAUUGACAGCGCGAGGGAGACAAGGAGAGCCGCGGCGACGGAGGGAACCCGGAAGAACGCGACUGUUCACCUAACAUACAUCCCGGAUAUUAAGGAUAUAUUAAGAGAGAAGUUCGCCAAAACGAGCAUGCAGCUCGGAUUGGACGUCGGUGUCACGUCGAAGGACACGGACGAGAAUGUGGACAGGAUCGAUGCCGGGAUCGUCGAUAAUCGCUCGAAAGGGAGGAAAAAUUAUAUCCGGCUCUGCAAGAGAUUAACUGGCGGAUCGACGACGAGUUUGAUGCAGAAGCUGCGCGGCAAGGACUGCGUGAAACUACCGAGGAGUGAAUUUUAUCUCGAGCCAAGCGCGAGAAGCGCGAACGGGAAAAGGGAUGACGCGGUUAGGCUCGUAGGGCUGAGAAUCGAGACGAAGACUGGAAAGGACCGCAAGAAUUCCGGCGACGAAAAUAAACAGCGGGGCGGAGUGGCGGACGUCGCCGAGGCUUCGAUUUCAGAUGUUCCGGCUAAUUACGAUGAAUCGAGCAUGAAAGUGGCCGAUAAGUUUGGAACGGGUCUGAACUUCAGGAUGAUCGAUGGUAGAAUCGCCAACCUCUUACGCGACGGUAAACUUUCGCUAUCCGCGUCGACCGCGUUAAAAGUGUGAGAGAGUUAUGAUUAACGAUCGAGUUAGCUUCGAUUAACUAUUAAAAUUUACACACACAUACAUAUGUAUGUGUGUGUUUAUGUAAGAAUAAUAAAAACAACCGUUACUUAUGCUGUUAAA